AUCUAAUUCUUUCUUAAUUAAUUAUUAUUACACAUUUUUAUAUUUAGUUGGAAAGUAGGGAGUACUUGUUAUUAUACUAUUUAUUACUUUGUCCACUUUUGUUCCUCUGCUGCUUCUUUUUUGGGGUAACUCAAUUCUUAAUGAUUCUUGAAUUUGUUGAAUUGCUGCAAGUGUUGUUCAUUGUUCAAUCCAUGAAAAAGGGUGUUGAGAACAAGUGUUUACAAGAUGUGGGGUUGAGGUCUAUUUGGAUUAAACAUAGUUGUCUUUCGAUGCGAAGUACAUGCUCCAGUAUCCAAGAAUUGUCGCAUGUUAAACAUAGGAAAGAGUGCAAAAGAGAAGUUCACAAGUUCAGACAUGUGUGUGCAAACUCUUCUACUCCUGGAGAUAAUCUUGCACGUGCUAAUCCGGCAUCAUUAAUUUGUGAUCUGUACAACCGGUUACGUGGAACUUUUAAAAGCAUUAAUUGCUGAUUUAUGUGUAAAGGGAAAGUCAUCGAAGUUAGAUUUUGAAAGAUGUACUUGAAGCAGGGGUAUAACCCAUGGGACCGUCAAUGAAGAUAUCCACUAGUUGGCAAAAAUAAUUCGUCUUUCAAGGCAAGUUAGGAGUUCUCUCAAAUUAGAGAAUCUCUAAUUCUCAGAGUUACCUCUACACGAACAUACAGGUCUCAACGCAUAACUAAAAGACUCUUGAGGAACACUGGCCUUUAAGAAUGGGAACACAAGUGCACUCUAUGAGGGACCUUAAUGAGGAUGCUAACAGCAGCAGUUGGCCUCUAUUUUAUGGAGAUAAGACCCUACCAAACGGGCAAUAUUGUAAUGGUUUCACGCCGAGGACUAUAACUGAUGCAUAUCCAAGAUAUGAUAAGGACAUUCUAAAGCAGAAAAUGCUUGAACACGAGGCCAUAUUCAGGGAUCAGGUGGUGGAACUUCAUCGCCUUUACAGGAUUCAAAGGGACAUGAUGGACGACCUUAGUAGGAAGGAAAUGCAUAAACUUCGCUCAUCAAUGGAGCCAUCAUGUUCAUCCAGUCACCUAGGAUCUCAAGUACCAUCUGAGGAUGUCUGGAAAUGGCACAUCACAAACUUUCCCUUGGAAAAUUCUAGUUAUACUAGACCAUCUACAUCUGGAACUGAAAUUGUUAAUUCUCCCUUUAAUUCUUCUAAAUUGGAUGGUGUACAGCCUGGUCGAGUUCAAAUGCAAAAUGGUGAUUCUUCAAAAGCCUCUGAUGUUUUAGAGGCUAGGCCCUCAAAGGUCAGAAAAAAGUUGUUUGAUCUUCACCUUCCAGCCGAUGAAUACAUAGAUACAGAAGAAGGUGGGCAGUUGCGGGAAGAUAAUUCAGGAUUUUUACAUCCCAGUUAUUCUGCUAAUGAAAAUUAUGUAGCUCUUGAAAAGAGUGGAACAAAAUUGUUUCUUGGUGGUGGUGCAAAGGGUGAUAACCGAAAAAAUUCUUCAACAUCCAAUUCGUGUUUGAGAAGCUCAAUUGGGUUGGCUGACCUAAAUGAACCAGCGCAGCUUGAUGAAGCAACCGAUCCUGUUGAUUUUCUUGGUUAUGGUAGUAAUAAUCAUAAAGAGACUAGAAGCAUAAAUGCUUCUGCAAAAUCAAAUCCGUCGUUUGUAGCUUUGCCUUGGAAUUCCAAUUGUGCAGGCCCAAAUGAGUCUUUAAGCAACCUGUACGAUUGUAGUAGAGGCAAAGAGAGGGAGUGGUUGGCUUCAGCAUAUUUAUAUGAAACAGGUGGCAUCAAAGGUAGCUCAGCUUCAUUACUAAGAGGUCUUGAAGAAGACAAGAUACCUGCAGCUUCCCAUCAAGCAACGGUAAAGAUUAACAGAGCCUAUCAAGCUCCGGGAGCUCAUCUAGUUCACCAUAUUAAUAAGAAUGGCAUUUGGAAAGAUAGAACGGGACAUAGUUUAGAUAUGUCUCACAGAAAUGGUGAGCAGUCUAACUAUACUAAAGUGGGACCAUUUGUUACUUCCAAGAUGGCUAGUCCAUAUCCAUGUGCAAGAUCCUCCGAAUUCAGCAGUUCAUGGCCACAUUCUGUCUCUUCUUGGGAGAAGCCAAAUGGUAGCUUUACUCAUAGGUUAUCCUCUUUGCGUACGAGCUCAUUCUUCAACUCAUCUGCAGCAGUUGGUAAGGGUUCACAGUCAUCUCAGAGCCAAAUUGGAGACUAUUGGCACACUAAUGGCAGCAGUUCUAGGUUGCAUCCAGGUUGUGCCGGUGAGCUACCCAUCCGGAGUGGUUUCUACCAUGGGUCCUCAUCUGGGACAAAAGAAUCACCAAUUCAUAUCCCUUCAGCUCCUUUUGACUCUUUGAGCUACAUUAAGGGGGACCGAUUUACAUCUGAACGUUCCUCUAAUAAUGCUUGGGAGAAUUUUGUCAUUAGCUCUAACAAUACAGAUGUGAAAUCUGCUAAAGGAUUCAACUUAAAUGUGCUAGCCACAAGUGCACUCAGCGAGGAACCUCCCAGGCAAGAUAUUGAGUUUGGUAAUGGAAAGAGAGAGUGUCAAGACCCUGUGACAGUGUUGCCGUGGCUUAAAGCUAAAGCAAAUGGUAAAAAUGAGGGCGUCAAUACUAGGAUAGAUGGAACUUCAGCAAAUUCUGGCUUUGUCCAGGCUUACUCUAACCCUCCUUUUUGCCAGAGUGAUCCAUCAGCUUUGGAACAUCACCAUAUGAAGACCACGAAAGAAGUGGGCGAGACGCGACAUGUAAGAAAAAUUCUUGGUGUUCCAAUCCUCGAUAUUCCCGUUACUUCCAGAAAUGAGUCGUCAUCGUCACUUGUUUCCUUCUCUGCUAAUCUUCAUUCGUCUCCACAGAGAAAGACUAUCAGACAUGAGAGGAGUAUGGUGAUCGACAUUAAUGUGGCUUGUGAUAUGGUUGAGCCCGAGGAACCUGAUGCUGCAGAACAAAUCGUUACUGAGAAAGUGAUGGAGACAAAAACUAUCAACAUCAGGAAUCACUUUGAUUUGAAUUCAUGUAUUACUGAGGAUGAAGAACCAGUUUCUUCUGAAACUGAUAAGGCCAAUAUGAAGACUAUUCUGGAUAUAGAUCUGGAAGCCCCUGUAGUUAUGGACAUUGAACAAGAUAAUUUGCCUGGAGAAGCUGAUGACCAGCAACGUGAGGCAUCCUCGCAGCGCACACAGGAGGAAUUUCUCAGGACUGCAGCAGAAGCAAUAGUUGCCAUCUCAUCAUCCACUCAUUGCACCGCAAUAGGGGAAACACACAGUGAUCCGUCUGAUGAUCCUCUGGAAUCUCUACGAUGGUUUGUUGAUGUGGUCUCUUCUUGUGCAGCCAAGCUUGAUAGUACUCCGUCUGGUAAAGAAAUUUCAGGCAAGAACAACAAGAUGAUGGUUGCUUUUAAGGAAAUAGAUUACUUUGAAGCAAUGACAUUGCAACUAACAGAGACCAAGGAGGAAGAUUACAUGCCCAAGCCUGUUGUCCCUGAAGUCCAAACAGUGGAAGAUGCAGGGGGCAGUUCACUAACAAACCGACCCCGAAGAGGGAAUGCAAGGAGGGGAAGACAACGGAGGGACUUCCAAAGGGAUAUCCUUCCUGGCCUAGCUUCAUUGUCAAGGCAUGAGGUUGCCGAAGACAUUCAGAUAUUCGGAGGGUUGAUGAGAGCAACAGGCCAUACUUGGAACUCCAGUUUGACAAGAAGGAAUGGGACAAGAAAUGGAGGUACUAGGGGAAGGCGGAAAAAAGUUGUGGACAUCAGUACCCCUACCCCGGUGUUGACCACAACAACGACGAGCUCUCCACUAAUGCUCCAACUUAAUAACAUUGAAGUCAGUUUGGAAGAUACUAAAAGCCUAACAGGGUGGGGAAAGACACCUAGACGCCCUCGGAGACAAAGAUGCCCUGCAGGCAAUCCUCCGGCUGUCCUGUUAACUUUAAACAAGGGACAAAGCGAGGCUGUAAUUUCAUCCAUUCAUCAUUUAUAGAGAUGACAUUAAUCGAUUAACGAGUUUAGGGAGCUUUGUUAAUGAAUUUCAGGUGUCAUUUUACAUGUUUUUGUUCUUACUCCAUAA